AUGAAAGAGUUCGUGACCAUCAACGAGCUAGAGGAGGUAUGCGAAAUGGGAACGUUCAAGGAUCGUUUUGAAAAAUUCAAACCCUAUCUCCUAAACGCGGGUAUCGUUCUAUUUGUCGGAAUCUAUGUCUAUGCCGGAGCACUUCUCAUCCAGUACAUCGAACGGAUCCCUGCCAAGGUAGAAGAAUCGUUCCGACUCCGACGGAAUAUCAAAGAUGACAUGCCUAUCAUUCCUUUAGAUCGUUCGAAGGAAUGCGUGCUUCAUGCUCUCCGAAAAAUGGCGCAUAUGGCAAAAGGAAAUUGUUCACAUCUCCAUGUAUGUCUGAAAUUUAAUCUAUCAUCACUUCGAUCUGAUUUUCAGACAAAUGUGAAUCUACUCGACGAGUGCUAUUCUUCGGAUCUUCAAAAAAUCAAAGCUAUCUAUGAUAGUCACAUCCCAGAAGGGUCAACAGAGCCAGAACAAGAGCCAAAGUCGGCGGUCGCUUUGAAGAAGUUUGAGGUCGUUGAUGGUUUUGAGCAAUGGACGAAAACGGAUGCAAUUCUUUUUUGUUUCACGGUCAUCACAACGAUUGGUUACGGUAACGUGGCUCCUCAAUCAUUUUGGGGUCGAGUGUUUGUUAUAAUCUAUGGAACCAUUGGAAUCCCAACCGCUAUGAUGGCAAUCGCCAAUGUCGGAAAGUUCUUGGCGACACUUUUGAAGUCAUGGACCCGACCGUUUCUUCUCCUAUGUCGAAAAAUGAGGAAGAAGAUGAACAAGAAGGAUCAGAAUGGGAAUGAAGUUAAAGAAACACAACGGUUGAUGGAGAGUUCGAAGAAGAAAGCAAAGAAAAUUGAGGAUGAUAUUUCUUCACAUGACGAUGAAGAACAAGAAGAAGAGAUUGAGGAAAGUGAUGUCACCGAAACUAUCGUUCUCUUCCUGGCAUUUCUUAUCUACAUCAUCGCUGGAUCAUUCCUGAUGAGCUAUUAUGAAGAAGGAAUGACGUUUGGACUGGCGAUUUAUUUUAAUUUUGUAACUUUGACAACAAUUGGUCUCGGAGACUUGGUACCACAGUCUACAGAUUGGCUGUUCGUAACACUUGUAUACUGCGCAAUUGGAUUGGCACUGACCACAAUCGCAAUUGAAAUUGCAGCAGACACUUUGAAGAAGUUGCAUUACUUUGGCAGAAAAUUGGACAACGUUCAUAAUGUGCAAAUUUGGUUUGGGGGUCAAAAGCUGUCCAUGAAAGCGCUCGUUAAAAAUCUCGGCGAUCAGCUGAAUGUUCCGGUUGAAGAUUUAGAGAACUUGGAUUUGGCAAAGUUCGUGGAUGAUGCAAUAAAAGUGGAAGCUGGAGAGUUGACAACAUUGAGAAACGACCGUGCGUGGAUGAACUCCAACUAUUGGCGAGCUAUCGAAAGUGGCUCGAUGCACUAUGUGGACGAUGAUGACCUAGUCACAUUACAAUCCAACCUAUCGUGUGGAUCUCAACAAAUGCUAAUUCGUGUUCCUUAUUCAAGAUCAUCGGAUUCCCGAAUGAUUACUGUGAAUCAUGAACCUCUAACCGAGAUGUCGGAUGAAAACUAUAGAAUUAGUAGUGCGAAUGAGGAAUAUGAAACUGUAGAUACACAAUUUCAAGAUAUAGAAGCAGCAAUCACAGAUCGGCCUCACGUCAGCCAAAAUGAGGGAGCUCGGAAAACGUCACAAUGUAUAGAACUACAAAAACUUUUGAAGGCGUUGAAUGACUUGAACAAUGAAGUGGUGUCGCAAGAUGGUCGAUGGAGUGAAGAGGCACGACGACGAUAUUUGGAAUAUCAAAGGAUAUGGAGUCGGUUUAGGACUCCCAAAAAUCAUUGA